AGAGAAUUUGUGCACUGCUGAAGGACGGACUUGGACUCGUGUUACGAAGAAGACCGUCGUGUGCUACUGCCCGCGUACACACACACACACACACACAUACACACACAUAUACACACACACACAUAUACACACACAUACACACACACGCGCGCGGUGAAGAUUUGAAAAGACGAUACAGCUAACGCUACUAUCAUGGAGGACAAACGACCUGAAAACCGAAAGAAGUCACCAAAAAUAUGUGGCACCAACUACCCACUUAGCAUUUCCUUCAUCGUAGUCAAUGAGUUCUGUGAGAGAUUCUCCUACUAUGGCAUGAAAGCGGUGCUCACACUUUACUUCAUCCAUUACCUCCACUGGAGCAAGAACUUCUCCACUGCUAUAUACCAUGCAUUCUCCGGCCUGUGCUACUUUACUCCUGUCUUAGGAGCCAUCAUAGCUGACUCAUGGUUGGGGAAAUUCAGAACCAUCAUCUAUUUGUCAAUCGUGUAUGUCAUUGGUCAUGUAGUCAAAUCUGUCGGUGCAAUUCCAGAUGUAGGGGACAGCAGUGUCCACAUUGGUCUGUCCAUGUUUGGACUCAUCCUCAUCGCUUUUGGGACUGGAGGAAUCAAGCCUUGUGUGGCAGCAUUUGGUGGGGAUCAAUUCGAGGAAGAACAUACAGAGGAGAGACGAAAGUUCUUCUCAAUCUUCUAUAUGUCAAUCAAUGCUGGCAGUGUGCUUUCGACCCUCAUCACACCAAUUCUCAGAGGUGACGUUCAGUGUUUUGGAGGUGAUUGCUAUGCCCUAGCCUUUGGAGUCCCUGCAGCUUUAAUGAUCAUUGCUUUGGUGGUUUUCAUUGCUGGAAGUGGACUAUAUAGAAAGUCCCCACCCGAGGGAAAUGUCUUGUUGAAUGUCUGCAAGUGUAUUGGGUUUGCCAUAAGCAAUCGGUGGAGUGGCAGCAAGAAAAGCCCAACAUGGAAUCACUGGCUAGAUUGGGCUGAGGAAAAAUAUUCGAAAGGUCUCAUUCAGGAGAUAAAAAUGGUGCUCCGGGUGCUGGUUCUCUACAUCCCACUGCCCAUGUUCUGGGCUCUCUUUGAUCAGCAGGGAUCACGCUGGACUUUGCAGGCCACUCGGAUGAACAUGGAUUUGGGUGGAGGCUUUAUAAUAAAGCCUGAUCAAAUGCAGAUGCUGAACGCUUUGCUGAUUUUGGUCUUCAUUCCUAUCUUUGACAUGGGUGUGUACCCACUCAUCCGCCUUUGUCGGAUCAAUCUCACGCCUCUAAAGAAGAUGGCUAUAGGAAUGAUCCUUGCUGCACUUGCUUUUGGCGCUGCGACUGUAGUGGAAGUCAACGUCAUUAAAACGGUAGUGGAGCCUGCAACAGCCAAAGAGUGUCUGCUACAAGUCAUUAACCUUGUUGAUGGAGAUCCUGUGUCUGUAGAAAUUACAGGACAUAAUAUUUUUUCUGACAAAAUAGAAUCCUAUAAGGAUCCAGUGGAAUACACUAGGCUUCCACUCAGCGAUGCUCAUCAAGUCUUGCCAGUCAAUGUUUCUCAAUAUGGAGUGACUCACCAGUGCAAACUUGAUGCUAAUGAAACCAUUACCUAUAGCCUCAUCUUGUAUAGUAAGGACGGUAUUAUUAAUUGUAAACAGGAGGAGGAUAAUAUAAUCAAAUCCGAGAACGGAGAAGCCUACAUCAGAUUCAUUAAUACCCAUCCAGAGAGUAUGAACAUUACAGUAGGCAGUGCAAAUUUCUUUGCACCGAGGAACUACGGGAUCUCCGAAACCUUAAAAGUUGAAAGAGGAACAUACAUGAAGGUCACCUGCAUUUCAGAAACGACAACACAUUAUAUUGAACUGGGGCUUCUCGACUUUGGUGCCACCUACACAUUCGUUAUUGGCAGGGAUGCAGAAAAGUUAAAAUUGCACAAGAUAGAGGAUGUCAAUGCCAACAACAUAAACAUUGCCUGGCAGAUCCCACAGUACGUGCUCAUCACUGCAGGGGAGGUCAUGUUCUCCAUCACUGGUCUAGAAUUCUCUUAUUCACAGGCUCCAGCCAGUAUGAAGUCUGUGCUGCAAGCAGGAUGGCUUCUUACUGUGGCUUGUAAUGUCAUUGUGCUGAUUGUAGCAGAGGGAGCUGGGCUGGAGCAGUGGAUAGAGUUUCUGCUCUUUGCUGCACUGCUGGUUGCAGUCAGCAUUAUCUUCUCAAUCAUGGCACACUUCUACACCUAUGUGGACCCUGAUCAGCUGGCCACACUCGCCAAAGAUGACGACAACAUUGUCGACUUAAAGGAGAAAGAAAAAGAGAAUAUAAGCAUGGACAAUGUUCCAAAAAGCACAAAGAUGUAACAAGUCCUACUUAUUUCAGAAUUAUAAUUAAUACUAAACCAGCUAAAUGUAAUUAUAUAGUCAGGAAAUCCUGAUCGUUGUGUGUCCUUUUGUGUAAUUUUAAGACAAUUUUUUUAUUUGGAUUUUUACUUGAUCCCUUCUACUGAUGGAUCAGCAAGAAAUAUAAUAAUUUUUGCACUUUGUUUAUGCAUUCAGGACAUAACAUGUACUUUAAAAAUGUAGGUUGUACAUUUCAAACAUAGAUGUAUUUUUGUGUCUAUUAAUAUAUUAACAAUUACAGAACUGCCAGUUUAUUAAAUACAGAUGUGCAGAUGACAAGAUAGGCCACACAGGUCCUCACAGCUCCAGGGUCUGAGAGGGUCUUUGAUCCUGAACUUGACUUGUGUGUGUGUGUGUGUGUGUGUACAUGCCCUCGAGUAUGUUCUUGUCUCAAUCCAACAGUUUCCUGCUUUGGAUUCACCACAGCCAUAGCACACAAAAAAUAAAUUGUAUGCAGUUUUAUGGA